AGGCGCGGGAGCCGCGGGAAGCGCACCAUGCCUGGGACGCCGCGACUGCUCCUCCGCCUGGCCCUCCUCUGCGGCUACACGCAACUCCUGGCCGAAGCCAGCUCUUGGUGGUCAUUGGCUAUGAAUCCAAUCCAGAGACCCGAGAUGUACAUCAUUGGAGCCCAACCAGUGUGUAGCCAGCUACCAGGGCUGUCCCCAGGCCAGAGAAAGUUGUGCCAACUAUACCAGGAACACAUGAUGUACAUUGGUGAGGGGGCUAAGAACGCCAUCAAAGAGUGCCAAUUCCAAUUCAGGCAGAGGCGAUGGAACUGCAGCACAGUGGACAACACAUCUGUCUUUGGCAGAGUCAUGAGCAUUGGUAGCCGAGAAACUGCCUUCGCGUAUGCUGUCAGUGCUGCAGGAGUUGUGAACGCCAUCAGCCGCGCCUGCCGUGAAGGAGAGCUUUCCACUUGUGGCUGCAGCCGGACAGCCCGACCCAAGGACCUGCCCCGGGACUGGCUUUGGGGUGGGUGUGGGGACAAUGUGGAAUAUGGCUACCGGUUUGCCAAAGAGUUUGUGGAUGCCAGAGAAAGGGAGAGGAACUAUGCCAAGGGAUCAGAAGAGCAGGCCCGUAUACUCAUGAACCUACAGAACAACGAGGCAGGGCGCAGGGCAGUGUACAAGCUGGCUGAUGUGGCUUGCAAGUGUCAUGGAGUCUCAGGGUCCUGCAGUCUCAAGACAUGCUGGCUGCAGCUGGCCGACUUCCGCAAAGUGGGGGACUUUCUGAAGGAGAAAUACGACAGCGCUGCCGCCAUGAGAAUCGGCCGCAAAGGCAAGCUUGAGCUAGUGAACAACCGCUUCAAUUCACCCACCCCUGAGGACCUGGUCUACAUUGACUCCAGUCCUGACUAUUGCCUGCGUAAUGAGACCACGGGCUCCCUGGGCACACAGGGGCGGUUGUGUAAUAAGACUUCAGAAGGCAUGGAUGGAUGCGAGCUGAUGUGUUGUGGCCGAGGCUAUGACCAGUUCAAGAGUGUGCAAGUAGAACGUUGCCACUGCAAGUUUCAUUGGUGCUGUUACGUUAAGUGUAAAAAGUGCACAGAGAUUGUCGACCAGUAUGUCUGUAAAUGAAAGGCCAGCGAGAGCUACAAAUCUAUAUGAUAUAAAACUAUA